UCCUGCUGUACCUUAAUUAUGGAGUCUAUGGGACUGCAGGUUUGCGCAGAAGACUAUCAGCGCAUUGAGUUUGGCGUUGAUGAGGUGAUGGAUUCCAAGCCGGUUGGGGUGAACGAUCCUUUAUUCAAGGUGUCCAGCACCCUCAACCCCCAGGCUCCAGAGUUCAUCCUGGGCUGCCAGUCAUCCCAGAAGGCCCAACAGACUUCUUCUCCAGCAGCCGAUGUCCCUGAUGGAACCCACUUCAACUCGCUGGAUGGCCCUGACUCGGAGGCCUCGGGACUGGACAAUCACCAGGCCUGUCAGGACAUAGAUGGACUCCCUGGCAGCCUGGGACAGCGAGAGAGGAAGAAAAAGAAAAAGCGACCGCCAGGGUAUUACAACUACCUGGAACCGUCAACGGGCAGCAACCACAGCAGCAGUGCAGCAGAUGGGACACCUGGGACAGCACUGGUGAAUGGGCAUGCACUCGGUGGCCCACACCACAGUGCUGAAGAUGUGGAUGGUAAGGCAUUGUCAGGGGGUGAACUUUCUACUCCUGGACCAGUCUCCAUGGCAACAUCUGAGGCUGCUGUGGCAGCGGCCAAGUUUGGUCCGACAUCCACUGCCAGUCAGAGGACUUGUGAUAGCCCUGAUGACUCUUCUUUGGACUUAACUAGUGGAACUGCCUCUUUAUCAGAUGGCAACAAUGCAACUUCCUACUCUUCAUCCUCCUCUCAAAGCAGAGGGAUGACAGAGGGGCCAAGGACUGCAGAUCAGCAGCCAGAUCUUUUGGCUCCACAAAGCCCCGAACUUUCAGAUACUCCACAUAGUCCCUGCUCCAAAUCACCUCUUCCUCCUUCAGCAACUGCGGCCACCCCCACUGUUGCCACUUCCAUUACGACUACUGAACUGGAGGGAAGGGAGCUAGCAGACAGUGGGGUGGCCAAUGGGCUAACAGAGCCUGAUACUCCCAUUAGUGCAGAUGGACACAAAGAUGACUCUGAGAGCGGGGAGCAGGUUCAACAGGUCUCCCCCGACUCCAUUGCCCAGCCAGUAGUGACAGAGCAGGCCAGUUCGCCUGCGAUUCCAGCUGCACCUACUGCCAACCUCCCCAAAUCCUGGGCUAGCCUCUUCCACAACUCCAAGCCUCUGCCUGGGGGUCCUCAGGCCUUUGUGGAGGUAAAGAAUGUUGUGGAAGUUGUGUCUCCCUCCCUCACUACGCCAGAACAGCCUGAGAAAGUUGGGGAGGUCAAAGACGACCCUGUCCACGUAUCAGAGGAUCCUAUGGCCCCUAAACUUGCAGAACUUAUUGAGAAUGUGAAGUUGAUACAUAAACCAGUGUCUUUGCAGCCGAGAGGACUGAUCAACAAGGGAAACUGGUGCUAUAUCAACGCUACCCUACAGGCCCUGAUUGCAUGCCCCCCCAUGUAUCACCUGAUGAAGUCCAUUCCUCUGCAUAAUGAAACGCAGAGACCAUGUACCUCCACACCCAUGCUAGACAACUUUGUAAGGCUGGUGAAUGAGUUCAACAACAUGCCUGUGCCAUCUAAAGCCAAACAGCAAGCUGUUGGUGAUAAGGCCAUGAAAGACAUUCGGCCCGGUGCACCUUUUGAGCCGACCUACAUUUAUAGACUCCUCACUCUCAUCAAGUCAAGUCUCUCUGAGAAGGGUCGGCAAGAGGAUGCGGAGGAGUAUCUUGGCUUCACUCUCAAUGGAUUGCAUGAGGAGAUGCUGGCAUUGAAAAAACUAAUCUCGCCUCAGGAAGAGAAAGCUCCCACACCCAAUGGGCCAGAGUCCCAACCAGGUGUGGAGGAAGAUGUUGCUGAUAAGGAGGAAGAAGGUAGUGAGGACGAGUGGGAGCAAGUUGGCCCCAGAAACAAGACUUCGAUCACUCGCCAAGCUGACUUUGUCCGCACACCCAUCACUGACAUAUUUGGUGGGCACAUCAGGUCGGUGGUGUAUCAACAAAACUCUAAAGAGUCGGCCACUCUGCAGCCUUUCUUUACCCUGCAACUGGACAUCCAGUCUGAGAAAAUCCGCACUGUCCAGGAGGCUCUAGAAACCUUGGUGGCACGAGAGUCAGUCCAGGGCUACACUUCUAAAACCAAGCAGGAGAUUGAGAUCAGUCGGAGGGUGACUCUGGAAGAGCUGCCCCCUGUGCUGGUGCUCCAUCUCAAGAGAUUUGUUUUUGAAAAGACUGGAGGCUGCCAGAAACUGACCAAGAACAUUGAUUACCCUGUUGAUCUGGAAAUCAGCAAAGAUCUCUUGUCUUCUGGAGUGCGGAGCAAAGUUGUGAAAGGCCAAAGAACUUACAGGCUCUUUGCAGUUGUCUAUCACCAUGGGAACAGUGCAACAGGCGGUCACUACACCACGGAUGUCUUCCACAUUGGUCUUAACGGCUGGCUGCGCAUUGACGACCAAACAGUGAAGGUCAUCAACCAGUACCAGGUGGUGAAGCAGACUACAGAGCGCACCGCCUACCUGCUGUACUACCGCCGCGUCGACCUGCUGUAGACACACACAUAUACAUCCCAGCAUACAUGCAAGAACACAUGAAUAUAUUCACAAACACGCACACAAAAAAAACAUACAUGCUCAAAAUGCACUUGACAGUUGACAGUACAGUACAUCUACACAUGACACAAACACACACCAAACUAAUGAACAGGAACACUGCCCAACUUGUUCUCUUGCAAGAUUUUCCUCUUCUUCCCUCCUGUCUCCCCGCUUUCCUGAGAACCAGCUUUUCCAACACCUUUUUCCUUGUCUCUUUUUUCUGUUUGGAAGAAGAGAAACAAGCUGCUUUCACAAUGAUUUACCUGUGACUGCUAUCUCUUCUCUGCACCACUGCUGUUUUUAUUUUUAAGAAAUUUUUGUCCUGUUUUUUGUUUUACUUUUAAAGCAGCAAGGAAGGACUUUUGAAAAGACAGAGGUGGGGGUUGGGGUUACAGGGUAGGACCCGAGACUCACCUCUGGCUGAGCCCACAGCUUGGCUCAGAUAGCAAACAGUGGACUCACACACAGGAAGAACUAUCUACCACAGGCUGCAAGUGAACCGCUGGGGUAAUUUCUCUUGUUUGAAUUACCUUUUUAAGGAAAUGACCCAGAAAUAUCAGUGUUUGCCUUUUAGUAAAGGAGAACUGUUGGCCUAAUGAAUUUGCAACCGUUUAAAAGCCUAUUUGAAUUUGCCCUAGUGCAUUGAAAAGGCCCAGCACACCAGCAUUGUCAUGAGUCUCUCCUCCCAAGGCCAGAUCAUCAUCUUCUCCUCUCCACCAACAACUCCUCCUCCUCCAUUUUCUCACUUUUAUGAUGCUUUUAAAUCUAGGUACAACUUGAGCCAUCAAAAACAGGAAAGAAAAGACAGGUGGUACAUUGAAUGGGAACUGAACAGCUUCCUUGUUUGAGAUCCUUGUUACGGUAUCUGGGUUUAGGUUUAGAAAGAUUAUCUUAAAAAAAAAAAAAAAAAAAAAAGUUACGCGCUUUAGAAUUUAAUAACAAAUAAGCUUCUGUGCACAAAGUAUAAACUGAUCGAUGAUUACAAUAUGACAGGCAACUGCAUAUUUUGCAAAUAUUUAGAUUAAAAUGUAAAAAAGAAAGGAAAAACAACAAAAAAUAAAAAAUGUAGCUAAUUGAAAACUUGUUUGGGUCCUGAAGGACUGCGCUAGUUUUAAGACUCAGUUCUUGCACUGGAGAGAUGGCAACCAAUCAAGAUGGAUUCCACUGCAAAACCUGCCCUUGUUUACUUUGAACAUUUCCUUCUCUAUCCAUUCUUUUUUUUGUGUGUUUACUUGUCUAAAGGUUCCACCUGUGUAUAGGUGGCUUAUCAGUGUAGUUUUGAGCCACACCACCCCUCUUACCCCCCCAACUCAGCAGAAAGUGGGGGCUGCCUUAGGUUCAGUGUGUGAUGUUUUUCCACUCAGUGUACAAGUCUAACCCUAAUCAGGCGCCAGCAGCAAGUCUAAUGUCUGUGAAGAGUUAGGAGAAUGUACCUGACACCUAUGUAUUUACUCUUUUGUGGCUCAGCAUUUCCUCCUAGUCGAGGGAAAGUGUUGAGGGGGGAGUGGGACUACAUCUGUGCUAAGCUCUGCAUAAAGACCCCUGGACAUGUGCACAAAAGGAGGUAGUGUUUGCUUUUGUCGGAGAUAUUGAUUUUUGGAUCAUUCAUUGAUUGUGAUGAUUUGUGUUUGAGUUACUAAACGAUGUUAGGUUGUUUUGUUUUCUGUUUUUUCGUCAUCAAUCAUUUAUUGAAUGUCCCCAUGCUCUCGCUCCCUUCCGAAAAACACGCUUGCAUUUGAAUUGGUGUUUGAAAAGAAAUUACACAGGCUAAAGCACAACAAUGAAUAAAAUUGAACUAGUUCUUUGCUUGAUAUUUAUUUCCAUUUUGUCUUUUUUUUUCCUUUUUUUUCCCCUCCAGACCCAUUUCAUUCCAACCACAGAAUCUCAGUAUUAACACUUCACAAAAUUGAAUCCACUGAAGUAUUUCUACACGAUUUAGGCUUGUGUACUUUUAUCCAGAGAAUCCUCCUUUUUGUCUCAUACAGACUCCACUUCUUCAGACAGUGUCUGUCAGUUAAAACAAGGUACGCAGGAGAGAAGGUGGUUGUCUCACAUUUUCCUGCUUCAUAUCAAAAACGUGGUGCAGUGUGAUAACAUUUUCUUAUAUUUUGGUAGCGCAAGUAUUUAUCUUAAUUUAACACCGUAUCUGACAGUACUUCACUGUAAGUUCAUGAGGACUGAUUAGUUUCAAUAUAAAAUAAUGUACGUCAGAUUUUUACCAUAAUUACACAAUGUCACAUUAGAUUUGAAUUACUUUUGGCUACCAUGUGAUGUAACAUCAUUAUGUGGUGCACAGUCUCAAUUGACUUUGUCUUGCAGGUUUCAAAGUCAGAAACCUUUCCCAGAUAAACCAAAGGACAACAUUAUAUAGGCCCUAUUGCCUUUCCUUUAAUUAAAAAUAUAUAUAUAAAUAACUUUGUUUUGCCUUCUCCAUCCAAGGUCUUGUAUCUAUGUCUUGUCACAGUUGUCAACUCAUUCCGCACAGGAAACGGAGCCAUGCCGUUUAGAUUAGUCAAAACAUCUUCAUCAUACACAACUUCAAUGACAGUUCAGUUGUGCUGCUGGCUUUGUGGUCAUUUCUGCACAAAUUGUGACAUCUGAUGAUUUGCAUAUUUCUUUCACCUUUUGAAGAAUGUUUGCGAGUUGGGACUUUGAACGGACACCUUGAGUUUUCUGUUGUAUAGUUUUAUCUCAGUCUCUCAUGGCUGGUCAGGAAAUGUGCUGGUGAAAUGCUUCAAUAAUGUCUCUUUUCAGUAUGUGCUCCUAACACUAUUGUCUGCUGGGAAAUUGUUGGGAUAAUGACCUAAAAACAAAAAUCUAUACUGUCUUUUCAUUUUAAGCCUCCAGCAUUCUAUUUUGUUAAUUGUUCAAAUAAAGGAUUGUGCAAAAAGCA